AUGCGCGUCGCGUGGUACGCAGGAGCCUCGACGGCUCUUGCGGCCGCUGUGGUAGCAGCCGCAUUUUACCAGCGUGCCAACUUUUACUCUGCCAUGGUACAUCUAGCACAGAGCAGCCUCUCAUUGAUGGUCUUGGUCAACUUAAUAUUCGUUGUCUACGGCUCAUUCAUGUACGGCCUGCAGCGACUCUGUUUCGGACCCCUCCGACCCAACGAAAUCGAACAACUCUACGAGAAGGCAUGGUUUGCGAUUACAGAAACCUGUCUGGCCAUGACGAUAUUCCGUGAAGAACUCGGUGCUUUCUUCCUCGUCAUGUUCACGGCCCUCGUCACUGGCAAGGUUUGGGGCUGGAUCGGGGACGGUCGCGUCGAGGUUCUUGAGCAACAACCCCCAGCAAACCCUCUCCUUUUCCACGCCCGCCUCGGAAUCUCGCUCUUUAUUAGUGUUGCCUACGACAUUUGGCUCCUUACAUAUGCCGUCAACACGGUAGUGGAAGAAGCUCGCCCCAACAUGAUGGUCAUGUUCCUCUUCGAAUUUGCCGUCCUCGCUGUCUGCUCCCUACACACGGUCGCCCGGUACACCAUCUCGCUAGUAGAGCAACGUGUUGUCAAGACGCAGACACGCCAACGUUUAGAAGAUAGGCGCCGCCGUAUCAGGGAACAAAGGGCUGAGAUCUUGACGCGCCGAGAGACCGAGGGUUCAACGGAUGACAACGAAGAACUGCCGGAUGAGAACGACGUUGAUGAGAUGGAUAUCGAAGUCCCCGGCUGGGAAGCGAAGGGGCAGUGGGUUUUGUCUCUGGACUUAUUUGCCGAUUUUAUCAAGUUCGGCAUCUACACUGCCUUCUUCUUUGUUCUCAUGAGCUUUUACGGCCUCCCGAUUCACAUUAUGCGCGACUGGUUCAUGACGACCCGAUCGUUUCUCAAGAGACUCCAUGCCCUUAUCCGCUAUCGCCAAGCUCUCAAACACAUGGAUCAGUAUCCAGACGCCACCGCGGAAGAUCUCGGCCGGGAGGAUACUUGUAUCAUUUGCAGAGAGGAGAUGCGCCCCUGGGAUCCGACCGAUUCCUCUCAAGUUGAGCGUAGCCGUGCUAAGAAGCUCCCUUGUGGCCAUAUCCUGCAUUUUGGCUGCCUCAAGAGCUGGCUGGAGCGGCAACAGGUGUGCCCGACUUGCCGCAGCCCGGUUUCUCGAGACGGACAGCAACCCGCGGCUCCCAAUCCCGCGGGUGUGCUUGGGCUUUUCCCUGCCAACCAGAAUCAACAACCCCAGCCUCAGCCCCCGGGCAACGGCCAAGGGGCUCCCGGUGGGGCUCAGCAAGGACAAGAGGGGGGGGCCGCAGACGGUCAACGAAACAACCAGAACCCGAACAUUAGGAUGUUUAAUCUAGGUCCUCUUCGGCUGGGUUUUGCCCAAGGUGGCGCUGAUGAGAUUCGGGAGAUGGCGCAACGGAUGCGGAUGCCCCCAGAUGCCGCCAAUCCUCCGGCGCCAACACCUACCGUUCCGGCCUCGCACGAGAACCAUGAGGAUCUAUCUAUGGAAAUUAAUUCCAUCCGGGAACAACUUUAUCUUCUGGGUCAACAGGUCCGGCAAGACGUUAUCAGCGCGCAAAACACGGCAUACGAAGUCCAAGUUCUGAGCCUCCUGCUGAAUGAAAUAAAUCGCCUCCGUGGGUUACCGCAUCACCCGCUAGCGGAUCACCAAAACCUACAACCGUUCACGGCAGGCGUCGUCCAUGCCGGACAGGCACCAUUGUUACAUUACCAACCAGGGCUAACACAAACUUUCCCUUCGAUGCAGCUACCGAGCCAGGGGCCCUCUCUUGUUCCGCACUCCCCUCACUUGAUGGCGUCGCGGGCCGUCCCUACCAUCACCAGGCAUGUGGUGCCGGCUGGGACUGGGUAUGGCACCGCCAUUCCGGCGGGCAGCGCCGACCUUCCAGAGGGGGUGGUCAUCCCACCUGGAUGGUCAUUACUACCUCUCCAACGAUUGGACGGCGAAACGCCAGCGCCGGAGCCAACGCAUAAUGCCCCAGGACCCACGCAAGACAUACUACGAUCCCUCUUCACGAGUCACACACGAUCGCGAGGUACCAGCCCCGCCCCCGCCAGCGGCCUGUCCUCACAGCUGGGUAGACCAAGUGCACCCACGGUUGGAAACAGUGCGGAACCAUCUCGUCGGCCGGGAUCACAAGGCGGCCCCACACCAGAUCUAGCAGCACGGAGACCGACACCUGUCACUGCACCUACUCCUCGGGUUCCGAAUUGGGGAGGCUCUGCGCAGCUUUUUGGCACCGAGCGAGUCGCUGCGCCUGUAUUCGGUUACCAGGUUGACCCUUCACUGGGGUCGCGUGAAGAACCCAACAGCACAGCGGCUGUCGCAGCCCCACCGGCGAAUGGGGUUACUUCUGAAGAGAGCAGCAGUAGCCAGCAAACGGAGUCAGCCGAGGCGAGUGAAGGGCCGGCCAGCAGAGGGCCUAGAGCCGUGACAGUGGAGGAAGCGGAUGGUGAUGAAGAAGACCAGCGGUAG